GACGGCAUGGCGAUGAUCAGUCGCGUAGAAUAAGUGCAUGUGGGAAAUCCCCAGAGCUUCAUGAAGUGAAGAGCCAGUGGUGGUCUUGAUACCUAGCCUGAACUCGAUCUUGAUCGCUUGCCGGUCAGGGGUGGGUGUGCAAUGCAGGCCAGACCUCAGCCAGAUGCGGGGUGCGAGGGCCCAGCGUUGACGGGCGACCAGAUCAUUGACGAUCACUCAUGCGCGCCGUUGAUGGGAAUGCGGGCCGGGCUGGGCAUCAGGUACACAGGUUUUUUGUGUCAGAGAUCAAACCACCGGGCGAAUAUCCUCCGAGGAGACCACCCGGAAGUUGAAAAGAAUGGGAAUAGAAUUGAAGACGGAGCCUCGGGACGGCGGCAAUGGAAGAAGGCGGUGAUUCGCACUCCCAUCCCUCGGGACGGAUAUAGGUUGGAGAAGAAACUUGCUGUUUGUCUCUUGAAUGGAGAUAACCAAGAGUUUCCCCAACUAAGUUGCGGGUUUGGUCGGAGUCACUUCACAUGUUCCCUUCCUUUUCAUGUUCCUACUUCUCCCGACGACAGCAGCCUCGGUGGCAGUCGGUAAUGACUGGCAGGAGCGACCCUGUUAGCAUGUGUUGUUAGUACCUUGGUUGUGGAAGGAAUGAUCGUCUUGUUGAGAUUUUCAACAGUCAAAAUAAUCAAGUGUGAGACUUGGUCAAUUGUCAAAGACACUGAGCGCCUCAGCGCUUGAGAGUUGAGACCCAACAGCAUUUAGCCGGAGAGCCCAGUCCCACAAGGGGCAGCUCCGGGCCCGACUUGGCAACGGCCGUACAGGGCCGGAAUUUUCAACUGACAGACUUCGUCCGGGUCGGAGCUGGAAGCGGAGCGUUCGGAGGGUCCGUGCAAUUACGCUGGACCCGCAUGUGAUAGCGGAGUUGGCGAGGUUGUUGUUGAACAAACAUCCAGGAUGCACCCUAAUCGCAACCACAGACUCGAAUUGCAAUCGCAUGUCGUUCGACAUCAUCCUACUAUUCUCACCGCUGACACGAGCUGAAGGGGCGCAGGAACAAAUGCCAAUUGCGCAAAAUAAUGAGAUGAUGGGAGGGGCGUGGGGGGGGAGGCAACUGAUGACAAACAUGUCCCUGCUCCUUUUUGGACGCAUCGAGGCUCUCUGGUAUGGUUAUGUUUAUCAUGUCCUGGUGGCAGCCCCUUAUCGGAGUCGUUUGCGCGGUUUCCUUCCCGCCCACGCCGUCACGCUGUCUGUCAGCCCUGCCACUGUCACACUGGCCUUCUCCGAAAUACGGAAAUUCCCUUGUCUCAGUGGGUUGUUGGUGCUCCAGCCUCCGGACGCGGCAGUUAAGAAAAUGACUCUUUUGCUGCGACAAUGGCCAUGCAUCGCCAGCGACGUUUCAAACCUUUGGAGAAAAAUUGAGCUAUGAGUUGUGUCGUCAUCCAUGGGAUCCUUGCAGAGCCCCUUGGCAGCGAGGGAUGGUGGAGUGCUGAAUGUGUCUCUCGCGGCAUCUGAAUGGCUGGCUGGGCAGGUGGGGGUCCCGCUGAGCAGAAGCGCCGAAUAGGAUAAAAUCGAAAAAGUUGAAAAGAAACUGCUUACAGGGGUCUCCCGAGCUCCAUCUUAGUCACUAACCAUCACCACCUCACCUGUGCCUUAUCACCCUGCCCUGCGACAUCUUGCUUCAUUUUUUCUGCCUGUUUCUUUUUGAGUCCCCUCCUCAGUCUCUAUUCCUUUCCCUCAGCCUUUUAGAUAUACCCUCAGCUGGUAUCUCUGCCUUGCGCCCGCCGUCGCCUCGACGUUGAACUCUUCCUAUUUUACCUAGGCCUCUCUCCUGCUCUCCGCCGGCCUUUCCGUGUUUGCCCAUCAGGCAAUGUCCUCGUCGUCGCGAGCCCUCGCACAGCUUGCGGUGCCCCGUUCGGGUGCCGCUUUGCUCCAGUCCUCCUCCCAGGUCCCCAGAUUAUUCAUCCAGUCAUCACGCAAGACUGUGGCCGCCAGACCUGCCUUUGGUAGCUUACAAGGACCUGUCUCGAGGCAGUUCAGGCGCGGGUAUGCCGACCAGGCCGCUCCUGCCCCUCAGCCCCCCAAGAAGCGCCGAUUCCGGACGCUGAGGUGGGCGUGGAGGUUGGGAUACCUCUCUGCCAUCGCCGGUGUCGCCUACAUCGGCUACGGCAUCUACGAGGACAGACACCCAGAACCCCAGACCGAGCCAGACCCGACCAAGAAGACGCUUGUCAUUCUCGGCACCGGCUGGGGCUCUGUCUCCCUCCUGAAGCGUCUCGACACCGAAAACUACAAUGUCAUCGUCAUCUCGCCGCGCAACUACUUCCUCUUCACCCCCCUUCUCCCAUCAUGCACGACCGGCACCAUCGAGCACCGCUCCAUCAUGGAGCCCAUCCGCACAAUUCUGCGCUCCAAGAAGGCGAGCGUAAGAUUCUACGAGGCCGAAGCUAGUUCCAUCGACCCCGACCGCAAGGUGGUGCGCAUCUUUGACAACUCGGAAGUCAAGGGUGACAUGACCGAGACCGAGGUCCCCUACGACAUGCUGGUGGUUGGUGUUGGUGCCGAGAACGCGACCUUUGGCAUCCCUGGCGUCCGCGAGCACUCAUGCUUCCUGAAGGAGAUUGGUGACGCUCAAAGAAUCCGCAAAAGGAUCAUGGACUGCGUCGAGACGGCUGCCUUCAAGGACCAGUCGCCCGAGGAGAUUGACCGUCUCAUGCACAUGGUGGUGGUUGGCGGUGGCCCGACUGGUGUCGAGUUCGCCGGCGAGCUGCAGGACUUCUUCGAGGAGGACAUCAAGAAGCUGGUUCCCGAGAUCAGCGACCGCUUCCGCGUGACGCUGAUCGAGGCUCUCCCCAACGUCCUCCCUAGCUUCUCCAAGCAGCUCAUCGAGUACACCGAGAGCACCUUCAAGGAGGAAAAGAUCAACAUUCACACCAAGACCAUGGUCAAGAAGGUCACAGACAAGACGGUUGAGGCUGUGGCUACUCGCCCCGACGGCACCAAAGAGACGAUUGUAUUCCCCUACGGUCUUCUCGUCUGGGCUACCGGCAACGCCGUUCGUCCCGUCGUCCAGGAUCUCAUGCAGCGUAUCCCUGCGCAAAAGAACUCUCGCCGCGGCCUCGCUGUAAACGAGUACCUUGUUGUGCAGGGUGCCCGCGACAUCUGGGCUGUCGGUGACUGCGCCGUUGCCGGCUACGCCCCCACCGCCCAGGUUGCCAGUCAAGAGGGCAACUUCCUCGCGCGCCUGUUCAACAACAUGGCCAGGACUGAGGCUCUCGAGAACAAGAUUGCUGAGCUCAGCGGCUCUCUCAACCUCCAGCCCGGCAACACGGCCGAGAUCUCACGCGAGAUUGAGGAGUAUGAGCGUCAGCUCCGCCGCAUCAAGGACGUGAAGCCCUUCCACUACAGUCACCAGGGUUCCCUCGCUUAUAUUGGCAGCGAGAAGGCUGUCGCUGACGUCACAUGGUUCAACGGCAACGUUGCCGCCGCCGGUGGUUUGACCUACCUCUUUUGGAGAAGCGCCUACAUCAGCAUGUGCUUCAGCACCAGGAAUCGUCUGCUUGUCAUCAACGACUGGCUCAAGUCCAAGCUCUUCGGUCGCGAUCUUUCUCGCGAGUAGACUGGUUUCGAGCCAACCUCUUCUUCUCUCGUUUCGAGGUCCACCGCGUGGCGAUCAUGGAUGAGCGGGCUUUCAUCAUUCCCUUUGUGUAGUUUUUCUUGUUAAUGACGGAGUCUCGGGGGUGGGCACCUAACCUAAUAGAACAUGGGCUAGACUGGCUUUUCAUUUUUGGCGGGAAAUAGACUAGGGGCAAACGAAUUUCUUUCUGCUGUAUGUAUCAUCAAAUAUUGACACCCGUGAAACGUUGCUGAGGACUUCUCGAAGUAUUAUAAUGGCUCAACCAGGUGCUUCUUGUACCUAUGAUCGACGAUCCAUCCAUCCAUCCAUCCAUCCAACGGUCCGGGUUCCCGGGAUGAAUCCCACGUGCCGUCUGCUCGAGUCAGUCUUGUUCCAAGACGGCCCAAGACCAGACACCCUGGCCGUUUUUUAAGAGAUGGACAGGGAAGAUGAUCAAUGAUUAGAUUGAUAAGAUCUUGAUGCAUUUCAUCUCGGUGGAGGUGUUUUGGGGCCAACCAC